UAUAUAUAUAUAUGGACCAUCUUCCUGCUGAUAGAAAAAAUGAUGGCAGCUUUUUCUGGGUCCUUAUUUAAAAAUGGUAUUCCUAAGAGUUCAUGUUGCCACACACUUUAACAUAGAAUAAUGUGUUUUUCCACAUAUUUAUCCUUUGAAGUGUUUGUUGCUGACAACUUUUAUUUAAGUCUCAUGUGACCCAAAACACAUGAUUCCCGUUGAAGUCCCAGUAGUGUUUAGCACGCUCCACAUGUUUAUACUUGAGAUGGUAACAUUUUGCAGAAAAUAUUUCGAUGGCCUCUAAUGGUUUCCAAGUCACUUAUGUGAUCUUUGGAUUUUUUUCCCCCUCUCUUCCCUAACAUCCUUCUGACUACAUGGUGUUAAAAACAGAUUGAACAUGAGUCACAUCAAAAUUAAACCCAAGGGAAUUCACAUUUAAUACUAAACAUUUAUAUAGAAAACGUAAUGUGUUGUUUAGGACCAAAUUGCCAGUUACUGCUAAAAUGUGUAAAGUAUGUGAUUUUAAUUAAAUCUUUUGUUACAUUUGAUUUUCCAAACUUUUCACUUGCUAAGUAAAAUUAACCUGUUUUCUAGUUUAUGCAGACUGUUGUUCAUAUCUUAGUGUAAUUGCGAUUUCCUAUCAUUACCUGAACACAAGGCUGGGACCCACUGUGGAUCUCAAACCAUCAGGUGGAGUUUUCUUGAAAUGAUUUCCACUCAAAUUAAAACAAAUUAAAAAUGGAACAAAUUGGACAUGACAUUAAUGUUACGACACUUAAAAACAGUUGUAAUAACUAAUGAAAAUGUACAAAUGUGAUUGCUUGCCGGUGUGCUCUUGUUUAAUUGGUUUACUCACAGUGUGUGUUUUCUUUAAGUAGUGACAGUUGAGAAAACAAAUCUCUACGUGUCAUUUUGUGGUUCAAUGGCUGAAAAGUUUGGGAACCACCAAUCUAGAAGUCCUCUCCUCUCACGCUCCAGGGAUAUAUUUAUCAAAGUUUUGAGGAGGAUUUUUGACUUGCUGAUGAAAUACAGAUGGUGUCUCCAUGGAAUGUCAGUCAGCUUUCAAGUGUGCACGCAUGAUCCCAUAUAAAAGGCCCCUGCUUGUUGUCUUUUGAGCCAUUUGCAACCACAGUCUGAACAACAAGGAAGGAUUAUGUUGGACUUUUCUUGCUACUGAAUUCAUUACGCUUGUGCAUGAAAUAUCUUCAAGGAUACUAUUUGCUGUCAAUUUGCAGUGAUGGCUGAUUGGGCUUGGGUAACUUACACAGUGCUGGAAGUGCUCAUUGCUGUGGCAUGUUGCCUUGGGAACGUGUUGGUGGUGUGUGCGGUGGCUGUUGGUAUCCACGAUUGCUUCCGGGAGCCGACUUUCUGCUUCUUGGUGUCCUUGGCUGUUGCUGACUUUUUGGUGGGUGCAGCUGCCGUGCCUCUAGCUGUACUGCUGGAUGGCUGGGUGAAUUUGACCUCUCACCAGUGCUUGUUCCUCAGCUGCGUCAUACUUGUGCUGACAGAGGCCUCCGUCCUCUCACUGCUGGCUAUUGCCAUUGACCGAUACCUGCGGCUCCACAUGCCUUUCAGAUACAAAGCCAUCGUCACUCAGAGGCGCACACUGUUGGCCAUGUCCAUCUGUUGGAUACUGUCUUUUCUACUGGGAUUCACCCCUCUGCUUGGAUGGCACAAUCUCUCUGCCGCUGGCCAUUAUUCCACCAACACAUCUUCUACCUUGCCUAGCUCUUCCCAAUGCACCUUCCUCUCAGUUAUCUCACUGCCCUUUAUGGUUUAUUUCAACUUUCUCGGAUGUAUCAUGGCCCCUCUAUUGGUCAUGACACUUCUGUACAUCAUCAUCUUCUGGAGCCUGCACAAACGUCUGAAGAACAGCUGCCCUCAAGCACAGGCCUUGCUGCUCAGGGAGAAGAAGCUGGCCUGCUCACUUGCUCUGGUUCUCACAUUAUUUGCAUUCUGCUGGAUCCCUCUGCACCUCAUGAACUGUCUUCUGUUCCUCUGGGGACCUCAAGCAGUGACCCAGGGAACACUUUAUACAGGUAUCCUUCUGUCUCACGCCAACUCAGCAGUCAACCCAGUGGUCUACGCUUGUCGCAUCCCCAAGAUCCAGAAGGCCUACUGUCAAAUAUGGAAGCAUCUCGCAUUGAAGCUCAAUUGUUUUACCAGAAAUGAAUCAAUUCAGCAAGCUAUAACAAGUGACUAGUUUAAGAAAUGUAAAUGUGUGUUUGCAGAACCAGAAAAAAGGGCUUGUUUGUGGUAUUUCAUCAAUCAAAUACAUUAUUCCAUCAUUGUACAGCAUUAAUGAUUUCUGAUGUUAUUACAUUUAAACAUGGCUUUAUGUUAGUGACAGCAAUUUAUUAACGCUCCACUAGAGGGCACCAUACAUCAACAAACUCAAUGAUUGUUGUUCAGAUAGAAUCAGAGUUGGUGUGUGCGCGCCUGUUGAUGUGAGGGAGCAAAAAUAACUAACUUCUUAGCUUCUGUGACUUCUGGACAACUGAUUUGAAAAGACUAGUUUUAUUGAGAUGUACAUAUUUAAAGCAUGUAACAACUUUUGUCCACAAAAAAAGCUAUAAAAUACAUAUAAAUGCUCCUGUAAGACAUUUACCUAUUCUUUAUGUUGUCUGGAAAAAAAAUAAAUAAAUAAAACAUUCCUGCAAA